GUAUACUUGUAUAUUUUUUUACAGAUUGUUGCAUAGAGAGUAGACACCAUGUUCUACGCUCACUUUGUCCUGAGUAAGCGAGGGCCACUAGCCAAAAUCUGGCUGGCGGCCCAUUGGGAUAAAAAGCUAACCAAAGCCCAUGUCUUCGAAUGCAACUUGGAAAGCAGCGUGGAGAGCAUCAUCUCACCAAAGGUGAAGAUGGCUCUUCGUACUUCAGGACAUCUUUUAUUGGGAGUUGUUAGAAUCUACCACAGGAAAGCUAAAUACCUUCUUGCAGACUGUAAUGAAGCAUUCAUUAAGAUCAAGAUGGCUUUCCGUCCAGGUGUGGUGGAUUUGCCUGAGGAAAAUAGAGAAGCUGCAUACAAUGCUAUCACUUUACCAGAAGAAUUUCAUGAUUUUGACCAGCCCUUGCCAGAUCUAGAUGAUAUUGAUGUCGCUCAGCAGUUCAGUUUGAAUCAAAGCAGAGUGGAAGAAAUUACAAUGCGAGAAGAAGUAGGCAACAUCAGCAUCCUUCAGGAAAAUGAUUUUGGUGACUUUGGAAUGGAUGACCGUGAAAUGAUGAGAGAAGACAGUGCAUUUCCAGAUGACAUGUUGGAUAGUACCAGUGCUUCCAACCUUCUGCUGGAGCCUGAGCAGAGCACUAGUCACCUUAAUGAGAAAGCUAAUCAUUUGGAAUAUGAAGAUCAAUACAAAGAUGACAAUUUUGGAGAGGGAAAUGAUGGUGGAAUCCUGGAUGACAAACUUCUCAGCAACAAUGAAGGAGGCAUAUUUGAUGACCCACCAGCCCUUUCAGAAGGAGGUGUGAUGAUGCCUGAGCAGCCUCCCCAUGAUGAUAUAGAUGAUGACGAUAAUGUCUCAAUGGGUGGACCAGAUAGCCCAGAUUCAGUAGACCCAGUUGAACCAUUGCCAACUAUGACUGAUCAGACAACAUUGGUUCCAAAUGAAGAAGAAGCUUUUGCUUUAGAGCCUAUUGACAUAACUGUUAAGGAAACUAAGGCAAAGAGGAAGAGAAAAUUGAUUGUGGACAGUGUUAAGGAACUGGACAGCAAGACUAUCAGAGCUCAACUAAGUGACUACUCUGAUAUUGUCACUACACUGGAUUUGGCACCUCCUACUAAGAAGUUAAUGAUGUGGAAAGAAACUGGGGGUGUUGAAAAACUUUUCUCUCUCCCUGCUCAGCCUCUGUGGAAUAACAGACUUCUGAAGCUUUUUACUCGCUGUCUUACACCUCUUGUACCAGAAGAUCUCAGAAAGAGGAGGAAAGGAGGAGAAGCUGAUAACUUGGAUGAGUUCCUUAAAGACUUUGAGAAUCCAGAAGUACCCAAAGAGGAACAGCAACGCAAUGUUAUUGAUGAACCCAUUUUGGAAGAGCCAAGUCGCCUUCAGGAAUCCAUAAUGGAAGGCAGCAGGACCAACUUGGAUGAAUCUGUCAUGCCCCCACCUCCACCUCAGACUGGCGUAAAGAGAAAGGCUGCACAAGUGGAACCAGAACCUGUACUACCUAGUCAACCUUUGCAGCCAAUAGAAAUGCCACCAGUUGAAUUGCCUCCAGAAGAGCCUCAAAACAUCUGUCAACUGAUUCCAGAAUUAGAGCUUUUGCCUGAAAAAGAGAAGGAAAAAGAAAAGGAAAAGGAGGAGGAAGAAGAGGAAGAGGAGGAAGAUGGUACAGGAGGUGACCAGGAUCAAGAAGAAAGGCGAUGGAACAAGAGAACUCAACAAAUGCUUCAUGGUCUUCAGAGAGCACUUGCUAAGACCGGAGCAGAAUCCAUCAGUUUGCUUGAAUUGUGUAGGAACACAAAUCGCAAGCAAGCAGCAGCAAAAUUCUACAGUUUCUUGGUACUUAAAAAACAGCAGGCUAUAGAGCUGACACAGGAAGAACCAUACAGUGACAUCAUUGCAACACCUGGUCCCAGAUUCCAUAUUAUUUGAAUGUCCAACUUGCUGUAUAGGUAGCAUUGUUAGUGCUUACACAUUGUCCCAUAUGUAGGGCCCACAAAAAAUAAAUAAAUCUAGAUUUCCAUUGUCUGUACAGUCAUUGACUUUUGUGUUGGGUUUUUUUUUUUAAUUACAUUUUACCAUUUUUGCUUUUUAGUAACUUCUGCACUGGGUGACUUGAGUUCCAGUUGCAGUGAUAAGAGAAAGUUACUCAAGGAUCUUAUAAAGAGUGUUUUUAAAACAAUUCAGAACAGAUGUGUGCAAUAUUGGUGCAUGUAACUAUGAUUAAUAAAUUGUUUUACAGUUAUCUGCUUAAUAAACAAUAAUGCUAUUUUAAUCAACUCCACAAGACCCAAAACGGCCAACCUAUUGUCUCAAUACAGUUUUUUGCCAAAUGUCUAAAAUGUGCUCUCUGUCUCUCCCUGAAGGUAGUGAAUUCUUCCUACCCAGAAUGUCUGUCUGUUUACCAUCUUCCUGCUUCCGAUGGUGCUCUUGGAGCUGCCAAUAUGAAUGUUAGUGCCUGGCAGGAGUCCUUGCUGUGCCAUGGUAUUUCUAGAAUAGGAUUUAAGCAGCUCUGGGGCAGAAUUUAAAUGCCUGUCUUUGGAAAAAUACUGUCUGUCAAAACCUUUUUAAGUGCACAAGAUAAAACAUUUCUGGUAUUUAAUAUUUCAUUCCUUCUAACUGUGGUCCAUUUCCAUUGACAGAUAGUUAUGAGGACAGAACAGCUCUCUUAGGCACCAAUAGGCUUUUCCUCCUUGUUAAAAUUUCUUGAACAAAAGACUUUGUAGAAAUUGCAUACUUUCAGAUUAUAACUAAUAGCUAGAUUAGUCUCAAAAGUUUGAGCAAGUCAUAUUUCUAAAAACAAAAAAAUAAGUGUGGGACACCACUGACCUGAAAGGACAGCAAGCUACAGAUGUAUAUUUAGAGGCAGGUAAACUUGCAUUUAUUGAACAUAAUCGUGUGUAAUAAUAGAUCUUCAGAGACUUUUUCAGCUUUUGUAACAGUGUAUUUUCCAAUAAUGCACACUUAUGGAACACUGAAUAGCUUUUCAGAUGGCCUGCAAUUUGGUUUUACAAUUUUUGUUAAGAAUAAAGACUUUAUUAUUAUGACCAGGCCAUACCAGAAAUCAUGUGAAUAUGUUGAUGAUAGAUAGGUCAACAUUUUAGAGGGUCUGAUUUUAAAUGUUGGCACUUUUGUGAAAUUAUUAUCUCCUGGGACUGAGAUUUGAGUGUAUUCCCAAGUGUAAAAUUAUGUGAAUGUUUUAAAAUUUGCAACAUGUUUUAAUAAUCCUUGAGAAAGUUAAUUGUAUAAAAUAGUUACUGCAGCUUUAUUUUUGACAUGACGUGCCUGUACAACCAUUAUUUCCCCCUUUGUACAAAGAAACAUUGUAGAUAACUUGAAUGUUUAAUUAUAGAGGUCAUUAGUUUCUUGUUAAAGUUUUAGUCUGUUUUUGUUGCUUUUCAAGGUUAAUAUUCUUGAAAAUAGUUGCUGUUAUGUAUAACUUUUCUAAUAAAAGUUGUGUUAUAAGCAA